AUGAAAUGUGUUGACAACGAAGAGUAUCAUAGUGAUGAUGGUGUUCAUAAUGGAAAUGUAGAUUCACACAUUCAACUUGGCCAAAUACAACUAGAAGAGAUGAGCUUACGAAUCCAGAUCAAGUAUUCUUCGCUCACAUGGAAUGUGAAAUAUAGGGCACCCAAAUUCCCAAAUAGGUUUGGACCUCGAAAGUCAAAUACAUCCACACCUGCACCGGGUGACGAGGGGCCUUAUGUUCCUACACCAGCAGAUCGAUUAUCAUAUGCCGAUACACCGCGACCAUUCAAAUCAGCCAAUUUCGUAUCGAAAUUACCCUCUAGAACAGCGACUACAUCAACUUCCAUAGUCAGGAAAAACGCUAAACAGAUAUUAACUUUGGAGAGAGAAAGAUUGAGCGGUGGAGAUGGUUUCUUAUCUGCUGUUCAUACAGCUGCUAAAGCAAGAGGUGAAGUCAUUGAUAUAACAAAGAAAAAAAAGAGUACAGGAGGUGGAAUCGCAAAUCUCGGAAAGCCAAGAGGUAAUAUAGCAAAUUUGAUGAAAGGUAGAAUGAAAAGAGAUUCAACAGGUCUAUCAAGUAUCACAGGUAAUGGUAAUGGAGAAGAUAGUGUGAAUCCAUCAGGAACUACUACUCCUGCCAUCGAAGAUGAAGAUGAUGAUGGAAUGGAUGUUGACAACACAACAACAAUACCAAUAAAAGUUGAUCCAGAGAGUAAUGAACCAAGAAAAGAAAUCAUCACUUAUCAUACACCAACGGCACCACCAUCAUUACUACCUCCGAAGAAAUACUGCGAUAUAACAGGACUACACGCUCAAUAUACUGAUCCGAGAACGAAACUGAGAUAUAAAGGGUUGGAUGUGUGGCAUGUCGUUAGGGGACUGGGUCCUGGUGGUGAUCAAGCAUAUUUGAGUUUGCGAAAUGCACAAACCAGUUUGAAAUAA